UAACAGUAAAAGUGUAAUAAAACGUAUGUUAACGCGGAAAGUACUGUAACAUUUUAUUUUGUUGCUUUUCAAACGAUUACGAUAUGAAAAAUUAAUAUUGCAUCGAAGGUGUAAUUGCAGGUGUAAAGCACCUUAAACCCUAAUUUUGAACGAACUUCAUCGCACUUGUCGCGGAUCGGCCUUCGUAAUAGGACGUUGUUCAGUGGUCAUCCAGUGACACCUGAAUUGUCAAAUUUUGUGUCACGCACUUUUUUUAUUGUGUCUCGAAUUAAUAAAUCUGAUUUCGUAGCGUGGUUGAAAAAGUCUCGUUGUUUUUUCGUACGCCUUUCAUAAUGAGAACCAUCAACGGCGAAUGUAAAGCUGGUGACACGCGCAAAUGUUAGUAAUUACCACACGUAAAUGAGUGAGAUGUUUAUAGUGUUCACUUUGAUGUAUGUACCAAGGUAGUAAGCUGAAGGAUGAAACUAUUCUCCUCGACGAGUUCACAUAACUUAAGCUCGUCAUAGCAAAAGUUUGGCCCAAGGAUUACUUAUUAACGAUGAACAAAGCUCACAUGGAUAAAAGACUGAAUCAAUUGCCAACUUGGCUAUGGACUAAUUCCACUACUUUACCACCAAUCUAUAAGAUGGUAUGGGAAUCUGUACGAGAAGACAAAGUCAGAUCUAAUGGAAUGCAAACGGAGUUGCUCGUUGACACCAACAAAGUCUUUCCCUUGUUGCUCACUAGUCAACUUCCCACAGAAGUUCUUGGUCAUAUAUGGAAUUUGGCGAAUCAAAAGUAUGCUGGCCAACUCACAGAGCAGGAGUUGUACAUUGUCCUUGCUCUUGUAGCCGCUGCACAGGCUUCUUAUACCUUUAACAGUCUAGAUAUAUUACACUUGCUUCCAUUUCCGCCUACUCCGUACUUAAAUAUCGAAUGUUUAAUGAAUCUACAACCCGUCACGCACACGAAUUCCGCAGCUAAAUUUCAAAGCCUUAACGAAAACACUGAAGUCAAUUUCCUUGGCCCGGAUGGUAGAUAUCCUUCGGAAGUUAAAGGAAAAGCAAAAUUGCACCAACAUGGAAUCAUAUCUUCGGAUUUAAAUAUGCAAAUGACAAACAAUGUACCUGGAAAAGUUUCAUGUCUCGAUAAUAAAUCUCACGCCUCUUCUACCGCUGUAUGGGAUUUAAAUAACGUAUUUAAAGAUGCAAAACACAUUAAUCGCUCUCAGAUGGAUUCUAAGCAUGCACCUACGACGGAUUCCUGCGACGACUUUUCCGAAUUUCAAAGUGCUCCGAUUCCUAACACUCCGAGCGUACCCAUUUGGGACACGAAACAAGGCUCGGCUAUCGGCAGCAGACUCGCAAACCACAAUUUAGGUGUUAAGAAACCUGUAGAGAAGUCAAAGAAAAAUAACGUUAAUGCUAAAUCCGUGCACGGUGCUAUUCAAUUGCGAGUCGCGUCUGCACCUUUAAAUGCAACACCUCAGAGUAAAGAUCAGCCUACACUGGAUUCACCAGAAAUGUUUCCUAAAUGUACAAUAAAAAAUCAAUCUAAAACAGUAAUACUUAAGGAUACAGUGAUAAGAAAUAAUGAUCCGCCCAAGGACCAGAACGAAGUUAAAGGUCGUAUGAACACAGAAAUUAUGAAUUUAACAAAUGAUAAAGAUGUUUCAAACAAAUUAGAAUGGUCAGAAAAGGUUUCAGUGGGAACAGUGCAACCCACUCAGCAGGAUCUUAUGAAUCUCCAACUAGUCGAGGAUAAAUAUAGUGCCUUGCGCGCAUUGGUUCAAGAAACAGAUCCAUCAACGGAACCGGACUUAAACGCAAGUUCUAACAAUCAAUCAACCGACGAAUUUGGAGAAUUUGUAUCCGCGGAACAGCCUGCUACUAGUACUCCAGCAUCAAAUACUUUAAACACUGUCGUAGACUUAGAAUUUAAAUCCAACAUCGGUAACACGAAUGCUGCAGAUUUCAAUCUUGUGCCAGAAAUUUCUGAAUCAUUCGAUAAUCUUAAACUCGAGGAUGCGGUAGAAGAACGGUCAAUAGAAACGGGCAAAGUUCUUCAGAAGGAAGACGCCAUAUCAAUUAAUAGUAUAGAGUUCAUGAAUGGUGCACCAAAUGCACUGACACGAUCAGGAUCUGUGCCUAGUUUAGAUCUUAAGUCAUUCUUACCUUCGAGCGUGGAAGAUGAGCAAAUAGCAGAUGCUAUGCAUCAGGCUGAGUAUUGGGAGUGGAAGCAAUACAUGGAAAGUUGUGUAUUAUUGUUACAAGUAGCUGCAAAUAUAUUUACAAGUAUUAAUUCAGAACUCGUGCUGCAUGAAGUUUUAAAUUCAGCACAGGGAUAUAAUUUUCUUUGCAACUUAGCUGAAGUCGCGGCUGUUUGUAGGCGUGUUAAUUUUUCGUAUAAAGAAAUGGACAUUAAUAUAGUAGGAUUUGAUGAAUUGCUAAUGGAUAUUGACCGGAUUUGGGCAGAAAUGGAACCAUUUUAUGCAAACAUACCGAUUGUUACGGAACUACCAGCUUGGCCUUUGCAUCAAGGAGAAGCCGUUUGUUGUUCACUUUGUUUAACAGUCAUUACUAGUGGCAGAAUAGUAUAUAAUGAAAACAAUUAUCACGUUACUUGUGCUAAUUUAUGGCUUAAUUGCGUAAACAGUCAUUUACCAGUGAUGCGGCAUCCGUCUUUCUAUACUCACACGAACAUAUGUUCAGGUAACAAUCAUAUUUGAUACUGAUCUGCAUAAGGAAAAAGAAAUUACGUUCGUAAAUUUUUAAUGUACACAUAUUAACUUAUUACACGAAGGAUUUGUAGGAAACAGAACAGACUAACUUUACAUUUAAUUAUUAAUUAGAAAAUCAAACAUUGACAUUUUUAAAUAUUUAUCGCGUAAUAAGAACGUGGAAUUAAAAGUGAAAUGAUACGGGCGUGUGUAUGAUACGGGAGACUAGAUUCCAUGUAAAAUGUAUAUAUUCUUUAAAUUUGAAAAUUUUUAAAGAUAUUACCGAUUAGUCCAUUCCAAAAUAUUGUACAGACAGUGAAAUAUUAAGACUAUAGUCCGUUUGAAUAGGGUGAAAGUAAAAUUGCGAAGAAAUCUUACGAAAUUAUAAGUGUAGCCGAAACGAUCGAAAAGAUGUAAGGAAAUUCUUAAACCUGAACAAAAGUUCAUAUCAAUCAAAUCAAGUUAAUAUUUUCGAGAAAAUCUUAUAAAAUUCAUAGCGAGUUUCUGACGCGAGAUAAAAACUAAAAUAUUAUUCUAUUAUAUGAUAUUACAGUAAAGUAUAAUAAUCUUCUUACAUUUACAAGUUCAAAAUUAUCGUUGACUUGUAUCGCGUGGUCUAUAUACUAUUCCUCUGCUUUUCAUCUCUCUUAUAACGCCUGCUGGUAAUCGUCCCGAUACCGAUAUCGCGUAUACACCCUUGCAAAAUCGAUCUGAUGGAAAAAAAAAAUGAAUCUCACAAUCAGUUAUAGUAACGUUUACAACUAGCAAGGUAAUCUUAUUCUUCAUUUCAUCUUAGUUUAAAAAGAUUAUAAAACAAUGGAAAAUGACAUGUAAAAAUUACUGCGAAAUAUACACAAAAUUAAAACAAGUUAAGAUAAAAUCUUGUGUUCGCACAUGAUCAUGUUCCUUAAUAAUUAUGCAUACUGUCAUACAUCAUAGUAAAACUUCUGUAUAAAUGUAUAAUAGUAUUUAAACAUAAAGAAUCUGACAGGCAAACGAACUUAUUAAAUUGCAAAUAUACAUGCUACAUUGUUUUGUAUCGUAUUGUUUGUAUCAAAGUAUUGGCUUCAAAAUUUGUACAAAGUACCGCCUUUAAAUACACUUAUAAGCAUAACACAAAGUGGAGAUUCGCAUUGUUGUCAUUUGCACUGCCAAAAACAUGAAUUUAAAAAGAAA